AUGAACUUCAUUAGUGAGGGCUACUUCUUCUAUUAUACCUUAUUCAUUCUUUCCGGCUCAUCGAAUUCCUGUUAUCGAAAGAAGCCCGGGAAUGUAAUUCGAGACUGUCUCACUCAGCCUCCUUGCAAGAACACACCUAAAGGUAGUCAAACCCAGUCUCAACCUCAAACUCAUUCCAAGGUUGCUGCUACUAAUGAGGAUUCUUCUUCUUCCGAGCCUUAG